GACAACGGAACACAAUUUAACGUUGGAUAUAUUAAACUUUUAAGCUUUUCUUCAGAAGUUAACUUAGUAUCGUAUUAUACUACUUUUUGACAUUCAGUUACAAAAAAGAUGUUUUAAAAUAAAGCCUUUUUAUCACGGUCAUGUCCGCCACCUGCCGGAUGCCGGAGUGUAUUUGCCACGUUGCUGUGGAGACUUCAACCCAACGCCUCUCACACACCGGGAGGAUGUGAGUUCACGUUCCUCCUCCACACUCGGCGGUGGACGGCGCGCAACUUCUGACUGCUUCUCUUAAAACACACACACACGCACCUGUGUGCCCGGGUCCAGAGACUCGCCCUGCGGCUGUAAAAUGUUAACCGACGUUAUUUUGGAGGAAGAUUUUGACAAGAAUGGAGAGGCGUGGUACGAUCCUCGGGAUCUCGAACACGAUCUCCACUUGGCAGCGGAGCUCGGGAAAACCCUCCUGGACAGGAACCGUGAGCUGGAGCAGGCCCUGCAGCAGAUGUACUCCACCAACCAGGAGCAGUUGCAGGAGAUAGAGCACCUGAACAAGCAAGUGGACCUGCUGCGUCAGAUGAAUGACCAGCACGCCAAAGUCUACGAGCAGCUCGACGAGGCCGCCCGGGAUCUGGAGCAAGGCAACGUGAGGCUGGUGCAGGACAGCCGCCUGGCCCAGCAGAAGAUCCACAGUCUAACAGAGACUGUUGAAGGGCUUCAGACCUACAUGGAGGACCUGCAGACCCAGGUGGAGGAGCUAAAGACUGCCCAGGCAGAGCGAAACAAACGGGAUCUGGCGGAGCAGCGACGCAGCCUGGGAGCGCAGAGUGUGUCCUGCCUCAAAGAGCUGUACGACUUGCACCAUGACAGGCGCCUAGGCCACGGCGGUCCGCGCGUGGAGGGACUCUGGUCGCUGCAGGGCUCUUUCUACGACCAGGACAAACGGCAAGACCCGGAGGAGGAGAACGCGGUCCUCCAGCGCUCCGUCCAGACCCUCCAGAGCCAGAUAGCUGUGGAGCGGGGCCGCCGUGAGGCCGCAGAGCUGGAGAGAGACGCGACGUCCAGGGAGAACAGCGGCCUGGAGCAGCGGCUGGUCUCGCUGGCCGGCUGCAGCGCUCGGAAGAAGGAGCUGGAGGCCGAAGUGGAGCAGCUGCGGCUUCUGUGGCGCGCCGAGUGUGCAAACAGUAUCAGAAGACCAGAGCGGCUGUUGCCUGAUGAAGUAUUCUUUGCCUCCGAAGACGGACCGAGGCAGGAGGAGAACGAGGAGACGGUAGAAAAGGAGGAGGAGCCGAGACAAUUCAUCCUGCAGAGGUGUAACAGUGACGGCGUUUUAAAAGGGGCGAGCGCGGACGAGAUUCGCCGUGGUCACGAGCGGCUGUGUGUGCGGCGAGCCGAGGCGGUGAAACAGAGGGGCAUUUCUCUGCUAAACGAGGUGGACGCACAGUACAGCGCACUGCAGGUGAAAUAUGAUGAGCUGCUGCGGCGGUGCCAGCAGACGGACGGGCCGAGCCAUAGAGCCACGCCGGCAUCUAACGGCUCCCCCGCAAGCAGCCGCAGCCGCCGGCGCCGGUCCUCCGCUGCACCCUCCGACCUGACGGUGGUCGUUGACGGCCAGCAGCCCGAGUACAAAGCGCUCUUCAAGGAGAUUUUCAACUGCAUCCAAAAGACCAGGGACGACCUCGGCGACAACAGAAGCCCAGUCGAGGGCAGUGGCUCUGCCUGAUGGUUGCAUUAUUACUGCACUAGUUUGUCUGUCAGUGUUUUUUGAUAAAGGGGGAACUUUGGGGGAGGGGAGGGAGGAAGUUUGCUUUGCAAUAAGAAAAUAUCCAGAGGGUGCAGAUGCAAAACCUUGGACAAUUUGUAAUCCGCUUACCUCCUGUCACUUUGAUAUAUGUUUGCUUCUGUUAGUCAGCACUGAGUAUUUUUUUCUUUCCGUCCUUAUAAAAAAACAUUGAUAAACUGUUAUAAAAUAUAUUAGCUAUUGCCGUGAUUUCAAGGAAUAUAACUUUAUACGGUUCAUAAACAAAUUUGCAAAAGAUAAUUACGACAUAAUGAUUGUCUUGGGGGCCAUUCUUAGGAAGAAUAAGAUAUACAAUCAGAUCCUAAGCUAAUAAAAAUUACAGUAUUCUGUGUUCAUGUAACGUUAACCCUGUGACCAGUUUAUUAUUUGGUUCUUGGGAAAGAAAUGUACACAUGGUGCAUUGUUUGUGUGUUGAUGUAAGAUGAAGAUAUGUAUGACAUAAUCAGGAAUGUUUUAAUAGGAUGAAAAACUGUAAUAACUAAAGACUCAGGAUUUUACGAUCAUUAGCUUAGAAGCUAACGUGAAUUGGUUGUAUAAAUCUCCAGAAAAGUAUUGCAUUACCUUACAUUUCAUUUAGCUGAGGAUUUUAUCCCAAGUGACUUACAGUAAGUGGACACUGGAAUACAACAGCACUUUUUAUGACUGAAUUAAAUUUGAUAUUUUUAUUUAUUUAUUAGAGAGAAGAGGAUAUUAAAUUAUAUUUAUUUUCUUUAUUGUUACAUAUGCAGAACAGCUGGGUGAGUGAUACACUGGGCCGCAUAUUUUGUGGAUGUAAAUAUUCUGUCUGCCGCAAGUUAUAGAAAAACAAUACAGUGGCAAAAUACUAAUAUGUAUGUAUAUUAACAAUUUCCUGAUGAAAACACCUUGCCCUCACCUUCCAUGUGAUGUAAUGUUCUUUUAAUGUCUGUGCUUAAUUGACAGUGCUGAUGUAUGAAAAUACAGCUAAAUAUAGUAUGGCAUGUGGCAAAUCAC